AUGUCUUUCUCUUCUCAACAGUCAUCAUCUCAUUCUUUCCCACGACAGGCGGAUCCAUUCGAAGGUGUUGGCACAGCUUCUUCUCACGCCAAGAGUCCAGUGGAAGCGCCGACUCAGGAUCUCGCUUCGUGGGUCCACCAGGUUCGUCACCGCAACUCGUCAUCCGCCUCAUCUGCAACGGCACAGUCACCAUCAUCACAGUCGCAAGACCCGACAACGUCCUCUGCCUCGGAGCUUGAGCUCGAGUUCCAGAGACAGCGCCUCGAACGGCAACAGCGCAGAGAUCGACUCUCCGUCUCAGGCAUUCGUGGCAUCUCCUCUUCCAAGUCACCGCUUGCUACGCCGACUUUCGAGAGCUCACCGUCGGAAGCGCUCGGAUACUCCGACAUGACUUCGCAAUCACCUGUUCUCGGAUCGUCACCGACAAAGGCGUCUGGCGUGACGGGAGUCAAGAGAGCCAACUCGCUGUUGGCACGCUACGGCGGUCAGUAUGGUCCGACGGGAGUAGCUGCCGGUCCCAAGGGCGCAACGGACUCGCCCGUCUCCCUCGCCAAUUUCAUGGGAGGCAGAGCAGCAGGUCCGCGUCUUGGCAAGCUCGCAGGUGACGGCAAGAGCGCACCUCCCGAGGCCGACCUGAUUCACGAAAACCGACGUGUUCCGAUGCCAGGCAUGGUGCCCAACACGGGUCGCUCGCUCGCCAGCUUCCUCGAGGAUCGAGCGGAUGCCAGCGGCAAUCGUCGAGCAGGAGGCUCUCCCCGAUCGCCUGUCACGGAAGCAUCGACGCCUCCUUCUCCCGUCAAGGCGAGUAGCCCCGCAAAGUACUCGUUCACUUCUGCUGAGCUCGGCCGACCCUCCAACAAUGCUGCAUCGACCGGCUCGUCAGCGAUGCAGACGCCGCCAUCGCCCAAGAAGGCAUACUUGGAUCUCAUCGAAAAGCAGAGCCAUGCCGAGUCAACCAACUCUCCGGCUUCCCCCAUUAUCCCUCGAGCUUCGAGCCCUUCCAAAUUCAACAAGUUCUCCGGAGCUGACAGCGUCACAGCUUCGCCUCGCCUCGAGCGUCCCGCUUCACCCGUCAAGGCUGCCUCUUUUUCAUCUUCGUCGCCCUUCACUGCCGUCAGCAGCUCGACUCGUGACAGCGCGCCGGACAACAACAGCCUGCACGUCUCUCGACCGCUGGCUAUUCCCAACGCUCAGUCCAGAUCAUACACCUCUGAAGCCUCUCCAGAGCGAAAGGACGCUGCCACGAGCCCCUUAAAGCCGGAGGAGAUCGAGGUGCCCGCCGCCUCAGGACAAAUCAAAGUCGACAAUGGUCUCGGCAAGGGUUGGAGUCGACCCGCUGAGCAAGCUGACGCUCCCACCUCGCAGCCUACCAGUCGAUCCAACAGCUACACGAGCGAGCUGUCGAACGCGGACCGCCUUCCUACCAAGUCCCUGUCCCGCCUCAGCGCCCAAAAGAUGGUCGGACAGCGCAUCAAGGAAGCGCAAAUGCGAGAUGUCGUGGCCCAAAAGGAAGCCGAUUCUAUGCAGGUGGGCUCGACAGGACGAAGCGUACCUUCUAGCCCUGCUGUUCGCGAUCGAUGGCCUCCAGCGAUCCAGACGGGUGCUUCUCCUGCUAAACCCAGCCUCGACGAACGCAGGAGCGGCGGCUCGCCAUGGUCGCCCACCAAGUACGGCAACGCGCUCCCGGGCCUUGCUGGACGCUCACCCACCAAAGAGACCAGCUCGAGUCCGUGGCAGUCGUCGCCCAAGAAGAACGAGAUCGUUGCCGAGCCGCGAGCGGAACCGAUUCGAUUGCCUGGAAUGGGUGGCAGUGCGAGCCCAUUUGCUCGAUUCGCCGAGAACAAGGCACGAACUGAGGAAGCCAUCAGCAUCCCAGACUUGUCUUCCUCCGCAAACACUGCUGGUAACACAGACCAGGUCCUGACUCCGCUCACCAAAGCGAGGGCCAAGGGUCCUGUUCGAAAGGCGGCAACUUCCGAUGCCAAGCUUGCGGGCUCUUCUCCCAGCGCAGCGGCGCAAAGCAGCCUUCCAACGACAAGCACCGCAACACCGCAAAGUGAGGCCAAGACAGCUAGCGUCGCUUCGACAAAGCCGCCACGCAGGACUACCGGCAAGCGCGUCCAUGUUCUGGUCUCUGGAUCCGGCUCGAACCUACAGUCCUUGAUCGACGCCACCCUUCUCAACCCUCCCGCUGGCAUUCCCGUCAUUGACAACGCGCAAAUCACUUUCGUCCUGUCGAACCGCAAAGCUGCUUACGGUCUCACCCGAGCUGCCGAGUCGAACCCGCCCAUUCCCACCAAGGUUCUCUCGCUCAAGACCUGGCAGAAUCGAAACCCUGGAGGCACGCGAGAGCAGUACGACACUGUGCUCGCUCGCGCUGUAUUGGAUGGUCCCAGUGCUGAAGGCGCAGGUUCGCCUCCCGACCUGAUCGUCCUGGCAGGAUUCAUGCACAUCGUCUCCGAGCCAUUCCUCCACGCCUUGGGUCACAAGACGAGCUUGCCCGCGAGUACGCCAACGAUUGGAACACGCCCGUCCAAAGCGGUGCCUAUCAUCAACCUUCAUCCCGCGCUGCCUGGUGCUUUCGAUGGUGCCAACGCGAUCCCUCGCGCCUUCGAGGCGUAUCAACAGGGUCUCACUGACAAGACAGGAUGCAUGGUACACGAAGUGGUGGCCGAUGUCGAUCGAGGCCGUCCGAUCAUCGUGCGCGAGGUUCCCAUCCUUCCCACCUACGACCUGGAUCAAUUGGAGCAGGCGAUCCACAAGAUCGAGCACGUCAUCAUAGUACAGGCGGCUGACCUCGUGCUCAAGGGCCAUCUGGAACAGCUCGAUCGACAGCAGGCCGAAAACAAGAAAGCAGACAUUGCCGCUUCUCCUGCCGACAAGAGCUCUCCCACGGACAUCGUGCGGAUCCAAUCCCAAGACGGCGAUGUUGUCGCUACCGCCUCGGCGAUCGUGCGCAGCGCACGCCCCAGCGUGGACAGGCUCGUCGACGGUUCGGAAGCCUCUGCUUCAGCCCCGAUGUCUGCAAAGACGACCUCGGUUGAGUUGCUCGCCAUCGACCGCGAUGGACUCGUCGAGCCUCUGGAGCUGUCCGGCGAUCAGACCUUCCAGCGCGGCGAGCAACUGCGACGCGAACAGAUCCUGUACGAUGACGAGACGAUCAUCAUCGUAAAGCGCUCCAAAUCCGGCGCUGGCGCCACACAGACGAAGCUCUGGGUGCGAGUCGGACAUCACUCCAACCUGCACCCGUUCGAGCUUGGUCCUCGCUCCCUGUCGUGUGCGGAAGGACGCAAGGUGGCGGAGCUGGCACAGCGAUACUCGGUGCAGCCGGACGUGGUUCCUGCGGGAUGCGAGACGGCAGAGCUGAUCGCCGCGCUAUCGGGGACUUGGACGCUGAGUCGUCAGGGCUCGCGAAAGCGAUUUGACGCUGGGGCUGCGUCUUUGUACCGUGUUCGUCGCGCUGUGGCUGCUGCUCAGGCUCAGGAGGACCGAUUCACGAUCCAGCAGGUCGACCUCCGAACCGGAAACCUCUGCUCAGGGGACAGCUUUGUAUACACUGCUCCGUCGACGCUGGGCGUCUGGCACGGUCGCGGCGCUCCUUUGUCGGCUCGAGCUGCUGCAGUGCGUUUCGCUCAAGCACUCGCCAAGUCCACUUCGACGGGCGCUGGCGUGACUGAGACCGAGGAGGGCCGCGAAGACAGUGCCUUCUGGAAGAUCUUUGAUAAGACGGAAGCGUACGCCGGCGCGUGGUCUCAUCGCCACGUCGCUGGCUCAGACGUCUCGAGCAUGAUCGAUGUCGAGCUGCAGGGUCGCGAACUUCGUCUGACCGCUUACACGGAUAAGGGCUACUACGGUGCAGACGACUUGCUCCUGCCAACGCGAUCCAACAGGAUCUCCAUCCUCAACCUUCGCGAUCGAGAGCUGUUCGUGGUUGUCGGUAAAGACGCGCGCUCCGACCAACUCAGGCUGGCGUGCGCCAUUCACGCAGCACAGCAACUUGCGGAGCAACUGCAGGUCAAAUCGCGAGCGACAGCGUCGUCCAUCUCGACAGUCAUCCCUCGACCGGCAGUGCACGUGCUCGUCCUACCCUCGAAGCUGCCACUCGAGGUGCGGGCCGCCUCGCGCGUCUGGUCCGACGCAGUCGUCGACUACCUUCAGGGCGACGCUGCUGCGAGGAUGAACGUCCAUUCGGCCGCGAGCGCGCUCGAGCAGCUCAGCCAGAACCAGUGGCCGCGGUGGGCGCUCCAGGAUGCCAACUACCUGCCUGUCGGCGUUGGUGCCGAAGAUGCCGAGCGUGCGCUCGCUUGA